GUCAGUAGCCUGGCUUCUGACUGAGAAAAACCAAGGAUCCCUCAGCCCCGUCUCCUCAAGAGGUCCACUUGGAGGGCAGUUGAACGAGCUCCCAGGGCAGGUGUGACCACUUGAUUGCUGCCCCUCACCCCUCCAGCCCUUUGCUUUUCUUUAGCCUCUGCCUUCCCCUUUCCUCUCUGUUUUAUUCCACCCACUCCCCUGCUGGUGUUUCUUGGCUGAUGAGCUGAUGUCUGGAGGAAGGCUUACUCCCAGCAGAGACUCCGCAGAUGGCUUCCCCUGUGCCAUCUUCAGAUCUUGUUACGGAAACAUUUCCUUUCCUCGGGGACUGUGAUCAGCGAAAUACAGAUCCUGCAGAUGCUGUUCCCUUCCUCCACAGGGAUGCUUGAAGAUGGAAAGAAAUUUGAUUCCUCCCGGGACAGAAACAAGCCCUUUAAGUUUAUGCUAGGCAAGCAGGAAGUGAUCCGAGGCUGGGAAGAAGGGGUUGCCCAGAUGAGCGUGGGUCAGAGAGCCAAACUGACUAUCUCCCCAGACUAUGCCUAUGGGGCCACUGGGCACCCAGGCAUCAUCCCACCAAAUGCCACUCUCGUCUUUGACGUGGAGCUUCUAAAACUGGAAUGAUAGGAAUGGCCUGGCCUCCUCCCUGAGCUCCCUGUUCUUGGAUGUGCCAUGGAGGGAUCUGGCGCCCCCAGACGCGCACACGCGGAUCUGGACGGAGCUUUUCCUGAUGUUCCCUACACUCUUUGUAUAAACAUCUGCCCCGACUGAAUGUGUCUGUCACCCAGCUUCGCUCUCCCCCUUUCUCCUCGGGUGUGUGUUGGCCUGAACUAUAUGCCAUAAACCUCAAGCUACUCAUUUUAUUUUGUUUUUGUUUUGGGGUGAAGAUUCAGUUUCAGUCUUUUGGACCUAGGUUUCCAAUUAAGUAUUAGUCAGGUNUC